AUGUCACAUCUUUACAAUCCUCUGGCAACAGCCCAGCAAUUAUACCAACAUACCUCAAACAAUAGACUUCCGGCCGAACUUCAAGAUAGCAUUCGAUUCUAUACCGCACGGGUUACACAAGCUGCGGGCAUUCUCCUUCGACUUCCCCAGGAUAUCACAGCUCAAGCAAAUGUUCUUCUUUACAGAUUUUGGCUUGUGGAUGAUUUGAUGCAAUAUGAAUACAGCGACGUCUCGGCAGCUACUCUCUACCUAACCGCCAAAAUUUCCGCUUCUCCUCGUUCCUUUCGCAGUAUAACAAAUGUAUAUGCUUACCUCCUCUCCCAUUCCGCAUCUCUCACGACUUCUCAUACGCCCGAAAAUAAUCCCUCAUCCUACUAUUUAUCCGAAUCUGCCUACAUUUCCUACCGCACACGACUUCUUAACAUUGAAGGCCAAGUCCUAAAUGCUCUUGGAUUCAAUACACAUGUCGCUCUUCCACAUCCUCUCGCGAUUACAUAUCUUCAAACUCUCGACAUAUUUUCGCCAGUACAUAAGAAGGGUAGUGGGAAAGAAAUGGCGAAGAAAACGAUACGAUAUUUGAAUACAGCGUUGCUGAGUCCGCAAAUGCUAUAUCUAACACAUCAACCAUGUGCAUUAGCAGUAGCGGCAAUAUAUCUAGCGGCGAAAGAGGAGGGUGUCAAAAUGCCGGAAGAGGAAUGGUGGGAGGUAUUUGAUGUUGAGAGAGAAGAAUUGGGGUUUUUGGUUGUAGGAAUGAGGAGUUUAGAGGGGGUGACACGGAAGGGGAAAGAAAUAUUUGGGGAGAAGGUGAUGAUUAGUAGAGAUGAUAUCACGGAGGAAUUCGGGAGAAUGGGCUUGGGGGCAAAUAACGAAAAUAGUAAUGGACAUGGAAAAAGGAUAGAUGAAGAGGAUGAAACGAUGAGAAUGAUGGAUGAGAGGAUUGAGGAUGCCUGA